GCCGCCCCCGCCCGCCCCGCCGGACUCCCCCGCGCCCGGAUAGAAAAUGAUUUCCUCAAUUCUCCACCAAGAAAGACCGUCCGUUUUGGUGGGACCGUGACCGACAUAUUGCAGAAAUACAAAAAGGGCGAUACAAAAGACUUUGAGCUCUUAAAGCAUCAAUUAUCAGAUCCAGAUAUAAAGGAUGCCCAGAUCCUUAACUGGCUGCUCGAAUUCCGCACCUCGGUCAUAUACUUGACCAAAGAUUUUGAACAUCUGGUCAGCAUUUUAUUGAAAUUGCCGUGGUUAACGAGAAGUCAAGAAGUGGUGGAGGAAUAUCUGUAUUUUCUCAGUAACCUCGUGUCGGCGCAGACCGUCUUCCUGCGAUCAUGCCUCAGCAUGAUCGUGUCCCAUUUUGUCCCUCCCCGAAUACUUAUUAAGGAAGGUGAUGUGGAUAUUUCAGAUUCUGAUGAUGAAGAUGAAAAUCUCCCUGCCAAUUUUGACACGUGUCACAGAGCCUUGCAAAUAAUCGCGGGAUACGUUCCUUCGACCCCGUGGUUUCUGAUGCAGAUACUUGUGGAAAAAUUUCCAUUUAUCACCAAGUCAGAGAGGACUUUGGAAUGCUACGUCCACAAUCUGCUAAGAAUUAGUGUAUACUUUCCAUCAUUGAGACAUGAAAUCCUGGAACUCAUUGUUGAAAAGCUCCUCAAGAUGGAUGUGGGAGCAUCACGCCAAGAUAUUGACGAUGCUGAGGAAACAGCCGCUCAGACCGAUUACGCGGCUGACGCCAGAGAAGGAUUAUUUGAAAUGGAUGAAGACGAGGAAACUAACGGUGACGUAAAGGGUACCAGUUUCAGGAGUGAUCAGAUGGCCCAUCCGCUAGCGGAACGCCUAGACAUUCUGCUCUCUGUUCUCUUUUCAUACAUAAAAGAUGUCUGCUACGUAAAUGGUGAGAUCGACAUCAACAAAACAAAGGAUUUGUAUCGGGAUCUGAUUGCCAUCUUUGACAAGCUUGUUUUGCCAACUCACGCCUCCUGUCACACUCAGUAUUUCAUGUUUUACAUCUGUAGCUUUAAAUUGGGAUUUGCAGAAGCAUUCUUGGAACAUCUAUGGAAGAAGUUACAGAACCCGAACAAUCCUGCGGUCCUCAGACAAGCCGCUGGAAGUUAUAUCGGCAGCCUCUUAGCAAGAGCCAAAUUUAUACCUAUUAUUACUGUAAAAGCCUGCCUAGACCUUUUGGUUAACUGGCUGCACAACUACCUGGAUGAUCAGGAUGUAGGGACAAAAGCGUUCUGUGACGUCACUCUCCACGGACCCUUUUACUCAGCGUGCCAGGCCAUUUUUUAUACUUUGGUCUUUCGCCAUAAGCAGCUUUUAGAUGGAAGCUUACGGAAAGGUUUGGCUUACCUGCAGAGUUUAAAUUUUGAGCGCCUCGUUAUGUGCCAGCUGAAUCCUCUGAAGAUAUGCCUCCCUACAGUAGUAAAUUUGUUUGCUGCCAUCACCAGGAAAUACCAGUUAGUGUUCUGCUACACUAUUAUCGAGAGGAACAACCGUCAGAUGUUACCAGUCAUUAGAAGUAGCGUUGGAGGAGACUCGGUACAGACCUGCACAAAUCCACUCGACAGCUUCUUUCCCUUUGAUCCCUGUGUUCUCAAGAGAUCGAAAAAAAUCAUCGACCCUUUUUACCAAAUAUGGGAAGAGUUGAGCGCUGAAGAUCUUCAGGAAUUUAAGAAACCUAUUGAAAAGGGAGCGGUGGAAGAUGAAGAUGAUGAUUUUUUGAAGGGUGAAGUGCCCCAGAACGACACCGUGGUUGGACUCACACCCAGUUCCUAUGACGCGAAUUUUCGGAGUCCCUCGAGCAGCGUGGGAUCCCCGCCGAUCAUGUAUAUCCCAGAUCGACCCCUCUGAGGACGUGUUUAGCAAUUAAAUCAAUGAACCGAUCCCAGUUUUCACAGAGAAGAGACUCUCAGAAGCUCUGAGUUUCAUCACCGUUCCGCAUCUAGCAUCUAAAGAGUUUUGGCUUCAUCAAACCCCUUUUCUGGUUUCCGUACAGAUGAGUUGUUUUGUAUGUUACAGGAAAAGAAGAGGAAGUGUAAUGUGCAAUAUUUUCUAAUAUGGUUUAUAUUAUGAUAGCCCUUUAUAUUUUUUGCAGAUAGCUUUUGUUUAAUGUGUAAAUCUUUGUGUGUUCAAAGCUUUUGUAGCAUAACUAUUGCAGAUGUACAGAUACGCUCCCAAGAGUGUAAGGUUCAAAGCAAAUCUAGCCAAUGGUAGAACACGUUCAUUUUUUUGGCCACCUCCGUAUGAGUGUCUCAACUUUAACAUUUUGCUAGUUAAUUUCAGUGCCUAAAAGUGAAUAGACUCUUUAUAACUUUAAUACAGACUUCCUAAUUAUGUUAUGGCUGUGCUGUUUUAUCGCACUAGUGAGAUUCCUGUAGUAACCUGCAGAAGUGUAAUUUGGGUGCUUAUUGGUGAUUUGCUGUCCGUUUUUGUAUGUAUUUUAGCAUUUCUUGUACUUGCCCUCCAUUUUAGUUUAACCAUCACCUUUAAAAAUGCAAAAAUUCUGUGGAGAUUUUUGUUUUCUUUUCCGCUCUUCUGUUGAUUCAAGGCAAAAUAUUUUCAUCUGUCCAUGAUUUUCUAACUAUAAGCAGGGCUUUUCCUGAAGCGACACAUGUGUGGUAAAGAAUAAGAUUUGUUAUCUUGAGGUUGGGAUGGGGGGUUGUUGGGUCAUUCUUGAAUGUGGGGAAAAAUGCAUUUUAAAACUUUGUAAUAUUUAUUGGGAAAUUGAAAAUUUCUACUCUUA